AUGCAUGAAAGCACGGAAUAUUUUAUGCAGGCUCAGCAAAUUCUGUCUGCUUUUGUUUCUCGUCUUAGUUCCAAAAAUGGACACACAAACCGAGAGGUGGAACCAGGGCCACCCCAUGAUGCUCUAUUUCUGGUUUUAGCUUACCUCGAUGUAUUUGAACUUCUUGUCAUGAAUGAAGUUUGCAUGCCACUCACAGAUGCAGUGAACAAAGAUGUAUUACCGUGGCGGGAUAUCAUCAUUGAAAGGCCUUUGAACUCGAGAUUGUCUGAUGAGAUUCUAGUGCAAAUCACUUCGAAGGCGCAUGGCAAACUAAGAACUUUGGCUCUCAUAAACUGUUUCAAGAUCACAGAUGAUGGGCUUCAAACUGUCAUAGAGAAAAAUCCUUUAAUCAGUAAGCUCCACAUACCCGGAUGCUCUGGCUUAACCCCUGAGGGAAUCAUUAGAACUGUAAAGACACUAUCCCAACAUCAUAACAGCUUAAAGAGUCUACAGUUAAACGGUAUCUAUAACCUAAAGAAAGAACACCUUGUUACAAUUUCUUCCCAUCUUCAAAUGAACCCAGCACAGCAAAAGCCACAGCCUAUCCUGUACCAUCACCGUAAUAGUUCAUUAACAUCGAGAAACAAAGAAAGUGGCCGCAUGAUUGAUUUGGACAUCUGUCCAAAGUGCAAUGAAGUAAGAAUAGUUUUCGACUGCCCAAGGGAGACCAGCAACAGUGGGAGAGAGCAAUCAUUCACCCACUGUAGAGGAUGCUGCUUUUGUAUUCGUAGGUGUGAAGAGUGCGGACGAUGUGUGGAUGAUGAAGAACUGGAGGAGUGUAUUUGUUUUGAUAUUUGUUGUACAGAUUGUUGGCUUCGUCUUCCAAAAUGUCUUUUUUGCAACAAGGCAUACUGUAAGCAACAUGAGAAUCAGCUGUGCAGUUCUCCAGCCUCUAAUGGGUUUCUAUGUGACCUUUGUAAUGAGAAACUCGAAUAUUAUGGGAAAUUAGGGCAGUGA